AUGUCGUCCUACCUGAGCAACCUGCUCACCCACACCACCUCGAAAUACAACUCGCUGCGCCGGACGCUGCUCUCCAGCGAAGACGACGGCGACACUGAGGACGAUACCCACAUCUGCCGAGUGCUGCGCGCAUACUACACCGAGAAAGGACGGCCAUUCCCACCAUGGUUGCCAGCAGACCCCAACGACCGACGAGCAGUGACCCCGCAGCCGUACACGCAGAACUCUGGGUACUUCACCAGCGCCGGAGGGAAGAGUCAAUACGCAGCAGUGCAAAAUUCAGGCGGCAGUAACAGAGGGAGUCUGAGUGAUCUAUGGGAUGCUCCUUCAGGUGGUCAGACAAGUGGUCCAAUGCAACCGCAGAGUCUACGAAAUGCGAGAAGACCUGUAGCACCUGCUCAAGGCAGUAGCAGCACUCUGGCGCCUCCACAAGCCAGACCGUUACCUUCACAAAGAGCAGGCAGCUACCAGAGCAUGGCACCACAACCACCUUCGAGUCGACCUGGAAGUGCUGUCGAUCCCAGUCCGCCGGCAAGCAGCGGUGGUGGAUCAGCGCAAGAGAGGCUUAAGGCGAGGCUGUGGGGUGGAAAUCGAAGUGCAAGUCCGCUGCCAGGCCAAGGUGCGAAUCAAUGUCCAGGUCAGAACCCAUAUGACCAGGCCGGUACGAGUGGUGGGAAUCCGUACGACAGCGGUGGGCGGCGAUACGGGAGGUGA